AUUCAACAGGAACAUUAUUGAAUGUGUACAUGUAGUGUAGUGCCGAGCGUUUGUUGAAAAGGCACGACGCUAUUUUGUAGUUUUCAGAGUGCCACUGCGCCCGGUAAUGACGACAUGAUCCCGCGACGUGUAGUUCCUGUCAUACCCGUGAGUUUCGACUGUAAGUGAAAGAAACACGCUUUUGGCUUUAAACGGUGUAUCAUUUAAGGCAGCGCGGGAGCAAAUGCGUCGUUUUUAUUAUGUAAUUUAGGAGCACUAAACAUCUCAAAUUCGGCGAAAGCUUGCGUAAAGUCGUGACACGUUAGUGCAACUCUCCUUAGCUACGUGGCUAAUUCACGUGUUUCAAUAGUAUAGUCUGCUUGUAGCUAACGUUAGCUCAUACCAGGGAGCUCUGAAACUCAAGCGACAUAUCAAUCACAAAGGACUUAGUGUAGUCGUUUAAGUGUCCGAUUUGGACUGCGCGUGUGGCUGGCAGCAGGAUGAAGCUGGAGCUGGCUCGGGUGGUUCGGGGUACGGGUCGGCUGGGUGUCCUGAGGGGGCUCGGCAGGACGGCGCAGCACUCCUUGGAGGUCCCGGGUUGUCUGCUGUACACACACCUCGGCGCAGUCCCCCACCUCACCCAGGACACGCUGCACACCCUGAGCAGCCUCCCCUCUGUCACCCAGGUCACCCUGUCUAAUAUUGCAGAGCACCAGGAGGUGUUGGAGGAGUUUAAGGAUGGAUUCAGGAAGUUUGCAGGCCUUCAUGAUACUUUGUUGUACUGCUCACUUCACGACUCCGCAGCCCCCUGUCCGACAGGUUAUACUACUAACAAGACAGUGUCGGUGUGGGGCAGCGGAGGGCGGAUAGAGCUGACUGUGGCCAAGUUCAUGGCUCUGCAGAAGGCCGUGCAGCCAGACUGGUACCAGAGCAUGGCAGACGGAGAGACGUGGCAGAACAACACCUCCCGCAAACGUGUUCGAAAGUCUGUGGAUCGCACUCUCGCACACUUGGACGAGUGUCUUUUGGCGCACCAAAACUCACAGGAGUUGGAGGGAGUGGAGGUGUUCGGGGUGGUGGAGGGAGGAGACAUCCCGGAAGAAAGGGUGCGCUCAGCCAGGGAGACGGCCAAGAGGCCCGUGGCAGGAUUCUGCCUGGACGGCCUCCAGACGGGCUCCAUGGACCAGGCCCUGAGGACCCAGCUCAUCGCUGCUGUGACCAAAGAGCUGCCUGAGGAAAAACCCAGACUGUUGCAGGGCGUGGGACGGCCCGACGAGGUGCUGGCCUGCGUGGAGGUUGGCGUGGACCUGUUCGAGAGCUUCUUCCCGUUCCAGGUGACGGAGCGAGGCUGUGCCCUCUGCUUCAGUUUCAACAUCUCCCUGGAUCCGGAGCGCGCAGGUAGAGCGCUCCCUGCAGUGCUGGAGCUUAACGAAGAUGAGAGGGACACAGCAGGGGAGACGCAACACAACGGAGAUGUCAGUCUUGACGAUCAAACACGGAUGACAUCCUUUGAGAUGAAUCUCAAAGAUAAGAGGUACCAUGAUGACUUCAGGCCCCUGGUGGAGGGGUGUGGCUGCUACUGCUGCAAGAACCACCAGAGGGCGUACCUGCACCACCUGCUGGUGACCAAUGAGCUGCUGGCCGGAGUCCUGCUCACGAUCCACAACACAGCCCACUAUCAGGGCUUCUUCAGCGCCCUGAGAGAGGCUGUGGCCGGUGAUAAACUGGACAUCCUCAGGAGACGGGUACUUAGGGAGAGAAAGGAGUAGGACAGAUAAAUCGGAAAGAUAGGAGAGGGAUUGAUCACUGGACUGACUUGCCCGAGGCAAUCAAAACUCUAUCUCACUCUUUCCAGUGCAGUUAGAGGAUGAACUGUGAUGCUGCGGAGACCUUGAGACCGAAAUCGUUACCCGUCGCCGAAGUCACGUCUUUCAAGCAUGUUCAAAAGAGGCGCGGGAGGAUUAAAAGAAAAAAAGAAAGACAAGUGUUGAUGUUGUGCCUUGGGUAUCGUGCCCCUGGUCUCACAUCAAGGAGGACCGCUCCCGUUAAACUCGGGUAUUGAUCAGAGCAGAAAUGGUUAGGUGCCUGAAGAGCGAAGGGAGCUGGAUAAGAGGUCAAGAGGAAUUUACAUAAAGAAAUGUUAGGAUGGAUGGUGGCAGACUAUCGACUAUAACUGAUUCCCCGUGUGCAUCCGACUUCCUGUGGCCUGAUAGCAGGUCAGCAAAUGACUAAUGUCCCCUGGACUCAUUGACACUGCAGCAUAAACCAGAGGGACAGCCAACGUCACUGACUACUUACUACAGGGGGAAAAAAAUUACCAAAUUGCAUCCUCUUCUGCUGAUUCACAUUUUAAAAAAGCAUUUUGUCGAAUAAGAUUUCCUUGACGAUUUGGCUUUUUGUUUGUCAUUCCUAAUGAAUAAACAACUCUUAAUAGCU